ACUACUAUAAACACACGAAGAGUCCCACAGAGAGAAGACCACGUCGUUGUAACCAAGUUGAACAACUUCUGUGACUUUUUUUGUCGCUGUUUGUGUUUCCUAAAAAACAAACAAACUCUGAGGUGAAGCAGUUUCAGGACGUGGUAUGCGGCUGCCUCUAGGACUUUUUCUUUUUUCUUUUUGGAAAGGUUGCGCUCAUUUGAUGUGAGAAGACGCAGUCGAGAUUUUUCUUGUCCACGCCGGAUUUUUUUUUUUAAAGUUAUUUAAAUGAGUACAUGAGGAUUAUCUGUUUGCUGUGAGCUCCGACCCCGUCAAACAAAGAAGAGUUUCUCCAGCUGGGCGCAGAAUUCGGCAUGUAGCGCAGGAUAACGGACAACAACAGAGCAGAGAGCGUGCUGCGACCUGUCCAACUCUCCCACACUCCACCAGGUGUUUCUUACUAGAUGUCAGUCACUGCUGGCUCUGCCGCCCACACUUAACAGCACCCAUUUGUUCUCCUCCUCCUCCUCCUCCUCCUCCUCCUCCUCUUCCUUACUGGACACCUUUGGGAAUGGGCCAGCGCCUCGCCAGGUUGCAUCUCUCCACCCGGUGGUGUGGCUGGCGUCGUGCAAGAGUGAGGAGGGCAGCAGCCAGGUCAUAGAGCCCGCCCAACGCUCUCCCUGCUUGCUUGCUCUCAAGUGACUUUUGACCUUUGACUCAGCCGUGACCCCUCCUCGAACUCCUACCAGCCAUGCCUUUCCGGCUGAAGCUAAGGCGCACACGGCGCUACAAUGUCCUGAGCAAGAACUACUUUGUGACGCGUAUCCGCCUCCUGGACACCAAUGUGAUUGAAUGCACGCUGUCAGUAGAGAGCACGGGACAGGAAUGUCUGGAGGCGGUGGCCCAAAGGCUAGAGCUACGGGAGACCCAUUACUUUGGACUGUGGUUCCAAGGGAAGACCCAGACCCCGGAAAAACGUUGGGUGGAGCUCGAGAAACCCCUCAAGAAGCAGCUGGACAAGUUUGGCAAUGAGCCACUUCUCUUCUUUGGAGUCAUGUUCUAUGUUCCCAAUGUUUCCCGGCUGGAGCAAGAAGCCACCAGGUAUCAGUAUUACCUGCAGGUAAAGAAGGAGGUGUUGGAUGGACGUCUACACUGCUCUGUAGAGCAGGGGAUCAGACUAGCUGGCCUGGCAGUACAAGCUGACUUUGGAGACUUCACUCAGUUCCUGUCUCAGGACUUCCUCAGGGAGUACGUGCUCUUCCCAGUGAACUGGCCUAAUGGAGAAGAGGUGCUAGAAGAGUGGACCCAGAAAGUUGCUGAGGAGCACAAGAGUCAUUGUCGAAUGCAGGCCGCUGAAGCAGAACUGCUAUACAUCAAGGAGGUGGAAAAACUGGAUGGCUUUGGCCAGGAGAGCUUUCCAGCUAAGGACAAUUACACCAAUGAUAUAUUCAUCGGUGUGUCUUUCAUUGGAGUGUUUGUUAAACACAGAAAUGGCAGAUCCAUCAUGCUCCACAAGUGGAAGGACAUCGGUACCAUUGCACACAACAAGUCAGCCAUCACAGUGGAGAUAACAAGCAGAGACGACACCAUCGUUUUUCACAUGGAGGAUAUGGAAAUGGCCAAGUACAUCGCUCGCCUUUUCACGGCCAGACACAAAUUCUACAAACAGAACAAGAUCUGUGCAGAGCCUACUCACUCACCUGCACCAAUCAGGAGGAGACCUACCUGGACUCAUCGCCUGUCUCUGCCGCGGCCUCAGUCCUGUAACUUCCAGUCAGUCCAUUCCCAGUUUGGAGACCAUUAUCAGGACACACAGAGCUCUCAAGACAGCAUCUUCCAUGAUGACCCUUACUACAAGUCAGAGAGCAGCCUGGAUCGCUGCGCAGUAGACUUCACCUACCGAAACGGUAGUGUGCCAAAUGGAAGCAUGUACAGCAGCCCCAGCCUGAGCUCCCUCAAUCGUUCCCAGAAUUUUGUCCAACCCUCGCCGAUGUCCUCCAACCUCAGCAUCCCUGGCAGCGAGCUCAUGCGGCCUGACUACAUCCCCAGCCACCGUCACAGCGCCAUCAUUGCGCCAUCCUACCGGCCCACGCCUGAGUAUGAUGCUGUCAUGCGGCAGAAGCGGCGCAUGCUCCCUGCUCACCAUGACCUUCACAGCCAGUCACUGCGGAGUCUGAACAUCAGCAACGCCUGUGCCUACCGCCAGCCUGAGCCUCUAGUGUACAGCCAGCCAGAGAUGAGAGAGAGGGGCCCUUAUCAUGGUCCGGGACCCAGCACUGGUGCUUAUGCACCACAGAUCACCUAUAGUAAGCCAGUGUCCCAUGGCCCCCAUCAGGGAGGACCAGCCAGCAGCCAGGGUCCCUGCCAUUCACCCCAUGUUAAUGAAAGUGGAGGCAGCAGUGGAGGUGGAGGAAGCUCCAUCUCUCAUACAGUCAGCACACCAGAGCUGGCAAAUACUAAACAACAGGGGACUAAUACGGGAAGCUAUGCAGCUACAGCUAACAUGCUGAGGAACCACAUGUCACGGCCUCCUCCACCUUACCCUUCAAGCUCCUUUCGCCCAGCCACCAGCACGCCAGACCUGGCCAGCCACCGUCAUCGCAUUGGCGGCAGCAGUCCAGAGCUGGUUACCCGCAUGGUGCAGCUGUCAGUCAAGACCUUCCAACCAGAUAGUUCAGCUGUGGUGCACCAGUCCCUGCAGGAGGUCAGUGAACCAUUAACUGCAGCUGCUAAGCAUCGGUCCACGCUGGGCAAGAGACAUAGCAUGGAGGUUAUAAGCAGCAUGAGAGGAGGAGGGAUGGAGGGCCUUGUGAUGAAGGGAAUGAAUACUCCUCUUCAUCGGAGGAAUACUCUGAGAGAACAUGUGAUGCCAUCUCAGCCUCAGUCCAUUCCUCAGCCCCAGCCUCAAAACUCUCAGUCACAACCUCAACCACAACCUCCACCUCCACCUCAGCCUCAGCCUCCACCUCCACCUCAGCAGCCAAAAGAGUUGCCCAUGAAGCCUUCUCAGAAUGCACCUGAUGCAUCUGUAGCACCACCUGUGGCUUAUCAGCAUCAAAAGACUCUUUCUAAUGCUACUAUGCUCAUACACAGCAGUGAAAGUGAGGAAGAGGAAGAGGAGGAGAGGCCCGAAUUGGACGUUCAAAUUCCAGGUCUCAACGAGGACAUUAGCAUCAGUGCACAGCUCCAGGCUGCUCUGGCCAAACUCCCCAACAAACCCCCUCCAGAGUACCCGGGUCCUCCUAGACCUCUGAGCAGUGCUCAAGCUCGAACUCACACUCACACUCACACCCACAAUCACAACCAUACCCACCACCCCAACCACAGUCAAGGACCACAGGGCAACCAGGGACCAAUGGACCCAUGCCAAGGCCAUGCCUGCACCCUAAAGACUGAGCAGAGCCAGACUGUCAGUGGGCCUGGGGUUAGUGGUGGUGGUGGUGCAGGGGGUGGUGGGACACUGACCCGGGGAGAUCAGAGUGGGGUGAAUGGAGCAGUUUUAGGUCCAUCCAUUUCAGAACCGGACCUGACCAGUGUGAAGGAGAGGGUGAGGAAGGAGCCGCUCAAAGAGAGGCCAGUGUCAGAGAUGUUCUCCUUAGAAGACAGCAUAGUGGAGAGGGAAUUUGCUCAGAGGACGCUGGAGAGACAGAAGAUGUCUGUGGAUUCCAUGAAGAGGCCGCUGAUGAUGGCCGCACUCAAUGGCCUCUACGUCGCCCGAAUGCCCGUCCCCGAGAGUCCAGGGGAGGAAGGCGCCAAGGCGGCUACAGACGAAAGGUGUAAGACCUUGGAGUUGAAGCUAGAAGAAGAGCGGGUCUUCACCGAGUAUGAGCAGGUGCCCAAGAAGAGGGCAGACUGCAUUCUCACAACAGCAACUCUACCCGAAAAUGCAGAGCGCAACCGUUUCCGUGAUGUCGUUCCUUACGAGGAGAAUCGAGUUGAGCUUGUACCCAACAAGGAGAACAACACGGGCUACAUAAAUGCCUCGCAUAUCAAGGUCAUGAUCAGAGGGGAGGAAUGGCACUACAUUGCCACCCAGGGUCCACUAGCCAACACCUGUGCCGACUUCUGGCAGAUGGUCUGGGAGCAGGGGGUCAACGUUAUCGCCAUGGUUACUGCUGAGGAGGAGGGCGGCAGGUCCAAGAGUCACCGCUACUGGCCUAAACUGGGCUCCAAACACAACUCAGCCACUCAUGGCAAGUUCAAGGUGACCACCAAAUUUCGCACGGACUCGGGGUGCUACGCUACUACGGGGCUGAAGGUUAAACACCUGCUGUCUGGCCAGGAGAGGACGGUCUGGCACCUACAGUACACAGACUGGCCUGAGCAGGGCUGUCCUGAAUAUGUACCGGGAUUUCUCUCGUACCUGGAGGAGAUCCAGUCUGUGAGGAGGCACACUAACUCAAUGCUGGACACCUCAAAGAGCCUCAAUCCACCCGUGGUGGUGCACUGUAGUGCCGGAGUAGGUCGUACCGGGGUGGUCAUCCUUACUGAGCUCAUGAUCAGGUGUUUGGAGCACAAUGAGCCCGUGGAGGUUCCCACGAUGUUAUCAGAGCUGAGGCAGCAGCGGAUGCUAAUGGUGCAGACCAUCUCCCAGUAUAAGUUUGUCUACCAGGUUCUUAUACAGUUUCUCAAGAACUCCCGCCUCAUUUGAACCGGGACUCGUGACGUUUGACCUGGAGUACUUUAAAUUAGCACAAGAGCUGUAAACUAAACAGUACACUGGUGGCCGGUGGUAAGCAAAAACAGAGAUUUGUGUUUUCUGUGUGGCAAUUCAUACUUAUAUCAGUUCUAACCCAAAACUCACCUCAAGGGAGAAAUGGAUUUGUGUGGGCGUGUAUAGAAAUUCACAACCAUUUCUCCCAAUCAGUGUACAUUCACAUUUUUCCUCUCCACCCCCCCGUACAUUUCUCAUUUGUUAUUUAGCCAUCAUUAGAAAUUGCAUUAUGCUGCAUGAACAGUAGGUGGCAGCAUUUUUACUGCUAUACUCUGAAAGAGUUUGCCAAACAAAAGUAUUCUUAACUCACUGUUCUAAAAUGAUGCUUUAUUCCUGUAUUGAUACAUACAGCAAGUAUUUACUUCGACAGUGUAACAAAUGUUUUUAUUUAUUUCUAUAAAGACUGUGGCCACCUUGUGUCAUGUGAACAUUCUGAUCUUUUGAAAUGUUUUUUGUAAAAAAAAAAAAUCCCAAUUUUUUUCUUUGUGAAGGCACCCCAUUUGAGACAUUUCUAUUAAGCUCCCUCAUUUUCAGGAAAACGCACAUACAUACACAAAGCAUUUUUUUUUUUCAUGUAUCAAAUCUCCUUGUGAUCCAGUGGCUCUUCUGAGCAUACUUCUAAAACAUUUCAAAACUCUGAAAGUGUUUGUCUGAAUUGGUGAUGAUUAAUAAUAUAUCUGUUCACACACAUACCCCAACAAAGACUUUGUGCAUAUGCAUUAAGUACUGUGUGUAAUUUAUCAUUGUGCCUUAUUGUAAUAUUAUGUAAUUACAGAGAGAAGCUGCGAGGCUGAUUUGGUUUUUGGCUUUUUUCAUCUUAAAACUACUUUUUUUUUUGUUAUAAGAUCAUCUAGUUUUAUGCUAAAGAUAUGACAGUAGGCCUGAUGUCUUGGUUUAUUUGUGAAAGAUAAAAGAGACAUUGCAAAUAACAAAAACAUUUUCUUGCAUAUUGCAUUAAAUAUGCUUCUCCGCUUCUCUGAAUUGUAAUGCAAAGCCAGCCAUGUCCGGCAUAACUGUUCAUAAGGGGCAUGUGAAAAAAAGAUUUCUACAAGUGUUUUUAUAUAGUUUCUUUCCUUGACUUGGUACCCUUAAAAUACCGCAACAUAGUAAACUAUGCAUGCAUUUUUAUAAUUCAGUGUAUAUAUAUUCUCUGAUAAAUAUAAGCUUCGUGGUCUCUUGACAUGCAAGUGUUUAAUUGCACUCCUGGUCUCUUUGACAGUAUUUUCUCACACAGCAUUCCACUGUUUGUUAAUAUUUAAUUUUUCCCCUUAAGUUUUCUUCUUCUUCUUUUUUUUUUUUUCCCUUUUGGCAAAACUUCCAAAUACAUUUCAGAAUGUGUACAUAUGUUUUGUAUAUGCAUUUUCAGUGCGUUAAGUCUUGUUUUCUCUCCCCAAACAUGUUUGAAGCUGUUGUACUUGCUCAUUAUGCAAUAAAGCCUUAUUUUCUUUAA